CUUGUAAACGGACCAGACAUGGCAAAAGGUUGUUAUCUGACGUUUAGUGCAGCUUCUCAAGGGACCCUCUUCCUGCAUUGGAGUGAAACGCCGGUCGCCGGCGCACGAGUUCGCGUUUUUCGAGCCUCGGAAGACCGUGCCAGCAUACAAGUACAAAUCCAACGGCGGACGCAGCGAACUCAUAAGAGAAAUGUCGGGAGGUACGGGCGAGCGGAUCAAGCGCUUCUACACGGGCAUCUGUCAAUACGUGAAAUUAGCGAAGUCCUUCGACGCGGCAGUGGUCUUCUACGAGCACGGCACGCUGCCUUCGGUGGAAAUCGCACUCAUCGACGGCGCGAAGAGCGACUACAACGUCAUCCACAUAAAAACAAACGCGCCCGUCGAGAGCCUGGCGAGCGUCACGGCGGUAGGCGUCGCGCCCGGCGCGAGCGACGCCUUCGCGGCGUCGACGUUCUCGCGGGAGUAUUUCAUCUCCACCGCCACCAAGGCGGGCAGCGCGCUCGCGAUCUA